AUGCGACCAACUACGUCACUGUCACUGUCGCUUUUGUCGACCCUCCUGCUACUUCCCAUCUCCACAUUAGCUGCCUUUACUGGUGAAGCCGAAGCCGAUGGCGUCAAAUUCGACUUCACCCAGCUAAAAACACAUUCAGUAGUGGUGGAGCAUAAGCAGGACCCCUCUGGUAAAAUUGAGUUGAGCAAAGAUGAGAAGGAAGACCGAUGCCCUGAUGGGACCCAAGUCUGCAUGAUCUCCCGUCUAUGGUACGGCGACAAACCCGACGAACAUGCCGCUCAGAUCAUUUCUUUCGGCAAUGUCGAGAGUCCGAAGGACUCGGAACCGGAGUACACAAUCAUGAGGGAUGAAGAAAAGAAGGUUCUAGGCCUGAACGUCACAUUCCACGGUCCCGAAUAUGGAGAGAAGAAGUUGAAACAAAAUGCCAUCGUCAAAUUUCUGUGCGACCAGGAAAUGACUGGCCUUGAAGAGCCGGAUAAGGACGGAAAGGGCACCAAUGCCUUGAAAUUUGUCGCUUAUGAAGGCGAUCAGACUGUGACCUUGGAAUGGAGGACGAAGUACGCCUGUGAGAAGCCUCUCGGCGAGGCACCAGCUCCGAGUCAAGGCAGUUGGGGAUUCUUCACCUGGUUUAUUGUUAUUGUCUUUUUGGUUGUCGCUGCGUAUCUAAUCUUUGGAUCGUGGCUCAACUACAAUAAAUAUGAUGCUAGAGGGUACGUCCAGCUACCCGUCUGA